CAGGCUUCAAAGCAGAGGGCCUAAUUUAUAAUUAACACUCAAAAGCAGAAGCGGCAGGCAGCCCUUAGCAUUAGCAAGCAACCAACCAUUCUCUACCUUUGACGGCUCUCUUACAUUACAUAGAACCUGAUUCUGCCAAAAAGCAAGGCAUCAAGUUAAAGCACUUUGCAAACAGGUGUACUUCUGUCUGAACUGCGUUGCAUUGUUUUUUGCCUGUCAUAAAUCCAUGGAGGAGAAUUUGCUAUCAUCAGUACGUACCACAGUGUUUAAAGAAUCAGAAGCUCUUGAUGGGAAAUGCAUUAAAAUUGAAGGUUAUGAUUUUAAUCAAGGAGUGAACUACUCUAAGCUUCUCAAAUCCAUGGUCUCUACCGGGUUUCAAGCUUCCAACCUUGGAGAUGCCAUUCAAGUUGUUAAUAACAUGCUAGACUGGAGGCUUGCUGAUGAAGAGAUAACAGAAGAUUGUAGUGAUGAGGAGAGGGAGUUGGCCUAUAGAGAGUCUGUGAGAUGCAAACUGUUCUUGGGUUUUACAUCAAAUCUUGUUUCUUCAGGUGUUAGAGAUACAAUUCGAUAUCUUGUUCAGCAUCAUAUGGUUGAUGUAGUGGUUACAACGGCAGGUGGCAUAGAAGAAGAUCUUAUAAAAUGCCUGGCACCAACAUACAAAGGUGACUUUUCUCUACCUGGGGCUCAAUUACGAUCAAAAGGGUUGAAUCGAAUUGGUAACUUGUUGGUACCUAAUGACAACUACUGCAAAUUUGAGGAUUGGAUCAUUCCAAUCUUUGACCAAAUGUUGAAGGAACAAAUUGAAGAGAAUUUCACCUGGACACCUUCUAAAUUAAUAGCUCGCAUGGGGAAAGAAAUAAGUAAUGAGAGUUCAUACCUUUAUUGGGCAUAUAAGAACGACAUUCCAGUAUUCUGUCCAGGCUUAACAGAUGGUUCUCUAGGGGACAUGCUAUACUUUCAUUCCUUCCACAACCCUGGUCUAAUUGUUGACAUAGUUCAAGAUAUUAGAGCCAUGAAUGGUGAAGCUGUCCACGCAAGUCCUAGAAAAACUGGUAUCAUCAUUCUUGGAGGUGGGCUUCCUAAGCAUCAUAUAUGCAAUGCCAAUAUGAUGCGCAACGGUGCAGAUUAUGCUGUAUUCAUCAAUACAGCACAAGAAUUUGAUGGGAGUGAUUCUGGUGCUCAUCCUGAUGAGGCUGUAUCUUGGGGGAAAAUACGAGGUUCUGCUAAAACUGUUAAGGUCCACUGUGAUGCAACUAUUGCUUUUCCUCUCCUGGUUGCUGAAACAUUUGCCCCUAGGAGGAACAGAUUCUGCAGCAGUACUCAAAGCUAGGGCUGUGUGCAAUUCUUGGCCAGAAAAUUGAUUCAUUUUUAUUUGUAUUAUGACUGAACGAUCCUCAGGAUGGGUAGUGGGCUCCAUUGAUGCCAGAAACUUCUUUUUUUUUCCCUCAGAAUUAAGGGAUCCGCCAGAAGACACUGCUCUCAGCCCCAAACCAUUGUUGCCUCUACUGGGAGUAGCAUAACCAAUUGAAUUGCGCUACUCCAAGCAGCGCCUCCUAGUUGCGUUAUUUAUUGCAAGUUGCGCAACCAACUAAAUUAUGCUAGUUCCCAAAUUUAUUGACUGAUAUUUUCAAAAGAAAAA